AUGCUUAAAGAAGCACCCUGCGAUUCAGUGUGUGGUGGAUUUUUGAGUAACUCUGAAGGAAUAUUAAGCUCUCCAAAUUAUCCCUUUCAUUACUCUCCCAAUUCUCACUGCUCCUGGAUGCUGGAAGCUGGAGAAGGAAGGCUAGUCCAGCUGAAAGUCCAGUACUUAGACGUGGAACGCUAUGGCUUUUGUCUUUUUGAUUGGUUGGAGCUCAGAGACGGUAACACAUCAAGCAGGUACUGUGGCUCUGUAACCCCCACUACAUUUAUUUCUAGCUCACACUGGUUACAAGUCCAGUUUGUGUCUGAUGACCGCAAUGAGGGAGUAGGCUUCUUUGCAAAAUAUCAAAUGAUUGAGCCUACCCAAGGAAGCUGUUCGUGGGAUGAAUUCUUAUGUGAUGGACGGCAUUGUCUCUUACUUCCAGCCCUCUGUGAUGGAAUCUUUGACUGCGCAGACAGGACAGAUGAGAAAAACUGCAGCCAGAGCCAGUGGGACUGUGGGGGAUCUUUAAGCACACUAGAAGGGUCUCUCUUUUCCCCCAGCCAUCCUGAGCUUUAUCCUGGUAAGACUGUUUGUCGGUGGCUUAUCUCUGUAUCAGAUGGACUGACUAUCCAACUGCAAUUCCACAACUUUAGCCUGGUGUCCCAGAAAGGCUGCAGUUAUGAUUAUGUUGAGGUCCAUGACAGUGCUGGAUUUGGGAUUGCCAGUUUGAUGGGAAGGUUCUGUGGUUAUGAAAUCCCUCCAACACUUACAUCUUCUGGGGCUCAGAUGACUGUUCUGUUUGUGGCCAGUGCCGUAUCAAAUGUAGGAUUCUUUGCAACAUAUCAGGCUCUGAAUGCUACAGAAAUUGAAUGCAGUUCCAUGGACUUGAGAUGUGGUGAUGGAAAGUGUGUACCUUUGCAAUGGGCUUGUGAUGGAUGGCAGGACUGCUCUGAUGGAAGAGAUGAACUGGACUGUCCUGAGAUACCUGAUCCAGAAUCAGAGAGCCCAUGUCAGCCAUUGAAUGUUCCAUUAUGUCAGGGUCUAUCUUAUUCUCUCACAGUGUUUCCCAAUCUCUGGGUGUCUCUUCUGGAGCAACCCGCUGCCAGUGAGCUGCUCAAAGGAUAUAAGAUCCUCCAGGAUCUGCCAUGUUUUCCUGCUAUGCGCCCAUUACUCUGUGCCCUGUUGGUUCCCAGCUGUUCAUCUGAUGGUGGAGCUUUACAGCCCUGUCGUUCAGUGUGUUUGAAUGCAAUGCACUUAUGCUCGACUCAAAUUGAGCAGCUUGGCUUCUCUUGGCCGUUCAAGUGUGACCAUCUACCACCACGUAGCCAGCAACCAGACUGUGUCAUUCCUUGAUAAACUCUAGUAUACCGACUGAGUUUA